CUUUCCAAUUGCAUUACGAUAAAAACUGAGCUUUUGUUAAACUUCAUAAUUUCUGUAGGUCAAGAAAUCAACACAAGUUUUAAAUUAUAUAUAUUUACCCCGGGAAUUUGCACAAAUGUUGAGUGUUACAAAGGAAGAUGUCAUUGAACUACUCAGUUUCAUGCUGGACGCUGAUUUUAACGAACAAGUAUUAAAGUGUUACCCAAAGGAAAUAUAUAAAAUAAACGAUAUUUGCAACGCACUAACAUUUGAGGACUGUCCUACUGAAAUUUUGGAGAAUUUGAAUGGCUUUAUGUGUGGGCAUUACCCACCGUAUAUUGCUAUUCCCCGUACUCGACAUGUAUCUUCGUCGUUGGCCGACUUAGGUCAGCUUAUGCUUCAGUCGAAGUUUGCUCGCUGCCGAACAAGAUUUGUUGUCCCAUCCUUUUCUUUUAAACACAAGAAUAUAUGCCGAUGUAGUACUUUAAGCGGCCCAUUAGAGUUUUAUGGUCGCCAAGUUGCCACAGCUGCAGGCUUUACUUUUGAUGGACAUGUCAGUAACUCUUCAGGAGGAGAGUUUCCAGAUACAAGUUUUGAGACAGAAAACGGACGUCACAGUUUGGAAAAAUUACGUGAUGAUGAUUGUGAAUUAAUUCGUCGUUUAAAUGUCACCUAUAUUUGUGAUUUUAUGUUGGAGUACAGAAAGAUAAAAUGUUGGGUUCCAAUCAGUUCAUCAGAAAAGGUGGAUCAACAAGGACGCUAUAAUGAUUUCGUAGUCAUACCUCUCCCUUAUCCUGGCAGCGAAUUUUUCCGUAUAUGGCGUGAUUCUGGUUAUGCUAUGCAUCAUGUAUACUUUGACUGGAAUCGGUCAGGAGUUGAGGUGUCCGUCAAUCCAAACCUUAUACCGAAAACUCUGUUAUCUUGCUCAGUAGAAUGGGACUUGUACAAGUCCUGGGAUAUAUAUACAAUUACUGUGAACUAUAUGAAAUUGCUUCUUGGAUUACUCUACGAAGGUGCUGGAGGCUUACUAUUACAUUGUGUUUCUGGAUGGGAUCGUACACCAUUGUUUAUUUGUCUACUUCGCUGUUUACUUUGGGCUGAUGAUUUAAUGCAUUGUAGUUUAACACCUAUUCAAAUGUUAUAUCUUACUCUUGGAUAUGAUUGGUUCUUGUUUGGUCAUAAAUUGAAAACACGUAUGGAAUUGGGUGAAGAAAUACUCCGAUUUACUUUUCAAUUUAUCGGUGAAAUGGCUAAAUGUACAGAAUUAUCACUUCGCAGAGUCUAUGAUAUUCACGUUACUGAUGGGUCUAAAAGUUCAGAUUCGGAUGAUUCUUCGUUUAUUGAUUUACGCUCCAGUGAUGAUUUACAACCCUUAAGGCAAUCACGAUUAGAAGAAUUGUCAAAUUUAUUCUUUGAAUUUUGGAAUGAAGAAACUAAAAGACGUGAAGUUCAAUCUACUAUCAACAGUAUUGGACCCAUUGCCAACGAAUCUGUAGUUCCGGAUAAAAAUACCCAGUCAAUAUCAAAUUCUGAAGGAAAAUCAACUUUUAAUAGUGAUGAUGAAUCAUCAUCAGGUCAUGAAAACUAUACAUCCAGAAAUAGCAAUAAACCCUCUGAAAAUCAAAAUUCAAUUGUUUCUCAAAUAUCAAAUGCUUUAAAUUCAGCUGUAUCGGUGGUUACCUCGAAUUUCGUCACACCAUUAUUAUCAUCCUCGUCGUUGUCAGUGCCAUCAUCAUCAGUAUCAUCUUCAGACUCAAUCAGAACAGUAAGUGAAAGUAACGAAGAUCCUCCUAGUACCACAUGAAUCACUAUUCUUUCUUUGUUCGAUUUUUCCUUUGCAACAUCUUUUUUAUUUAUUUUGUUGUUGUUUUAUUUUUCUUUAUGAUCAAUAUGUCGUAGUAGAAUUAACACUACAAUAAAUUUAAUGAGCAAAAAAUGUUCGUUUAUCUUUUUAACUUCUUCGAGAUCAUCAAAUAAGUAACUCUAUCAAAUAUAUACAUUUAAACUGUAAUAUUUAUAUAUUAUAACAUUGCUAUUAUGAAUUGUCUUCUUUGUGUGUAUCCUUCACCUUCAAACAGUAAUGAUGAUAAUUGUUUGAUCGACUAAUUUAGUUAAUUCAUUCCAUUUAGUUUUUUUAAUGAAGAUUCCUACCAUUACCUACAUAUAGAUAAUUGUUUUCUAUUGAAUUAAAAAUAUAUUUUAGAUCAGUACAUAGAAUACAAUUUUCUUAUUGUCAGUAUUCUAGAUCGUGAAUUUAUCUGAUUUUUCUUUUUCUCAACUUUCACACCGUCGUUGUUGAUGAUGGUGGUGUUGCUGUUAUUUUAUUCAGAAAUCGGUUAUACUAUUUGUCAAAUUGUAGUAAACUUGGGUGAUACCGUAGAUCAAUAUUCCAUUGUAUAGUUCCUCAUUGUUUUUUUAUCUUUCUGACAUUUUAUGGUGGUAGAUAUUUUGAAAUCCGGUCAAAGUAAUACUCGUAGUAAACCCCUACUGAAGAUGAUAUCUAAAGUGUUGUUGAAACCUCUCUUAAUGAUGAGUCAGUUUUUAAAACCAGUUGAACGAAAAACAGUAAGGAUGGAUAGGUCUGUUACAACAAGGAAUAAGCUGUAUUACAUAUACCAGAUUGUGUUAUCAAAGUAACAAACUAAAUUACCAUUAUCAAAAUAUCAGCUGAAAUAAUAUGAUUUCCACUAUAUUUCUCUUUGUUUUCAUGUACCCA